AUGCUCGAAGGUCAUGGGAACGUAGUGAUCCACUACUGGCAGGCUUGGCACCCUUCCCCCACAUCGCCCACGCUUCCCCCCACCGUCGCCCACGCUUCCCCCCACCGUCGCCCACGCUUCCCCCCACCGUCGCCCACGCUUCCCCUCUCAUCGCCCUCCCUGUCGCCUGGAAAUGAGCCUCCCCGCCGACCUCCCUUCUCUCCCACCUCUCUCCACGUCGUCAUCAGUCCCCUGCCUAUCACGUUCCACCUCUUCAUCGCCAUUGCUUCUCCACCCAUGCCGCCCACCCUCUCAUCCGUCUCGAGCGCUGGGGAUGGGGUCGUGACUCGAUCGCGGUGGGAUAUCACAGGGUGUAUCAGCAGCACCCACACUUCUCUCUCUUGCACCAACCCCGCACGCAUGGCAGGUGCUGCUGUGGCUUUGGAGGAGAGCGCUGGGCGCACAGCCGGGGCAGCGCGUGCAAUCGGGCAGCAAGGAGCGCAGUGCUUCAGAUGA